ACAAAUUGUUUGACAAAAAUUGUAUUACAAUUGCUAUGACUUGUCGUACAAACAGUGCAUACAAUUGACAACGUAUUCAAUGGAAUGCAUUGAAUGUAUUGAAUGAUUGAAUGAUUGUUUUGAAUGUAUUUUAAUAACAAAUUGUUUACCAAAUCGUGUGAUAAUUAAUACUCAAAUGUUUUCACUGAUACCGUCAUCGAUGGUAACAACAAUUGAUAACUUUUUUUGAUUUUGUCAUUUGUGUCAAUCGAUUGAACUAAAGAUUAAGUCAGUGAUGAGUGAAAUGGAGGUCGAGAUGGAGUCGGAUUCGGGCGGCGAUAUGUCUGCGGCUAUCCGUAUGUCCGGUCGUCCAAAUCGUCCCAAUAAUACUGGUUUUGGUCUAAUCGGUGAUUUGUCGCAACCGAGCGGCCAAAGUAUGCCGUAUUCAACGCAAUCUCUGAGCCGAAGAAUGGCUCCGAAUUCAAUUGGUCUUCAGAUGACACCAACAAAGAUGUUAUCGAAUACAUUAAACAACAGAAGAAGUAGUUCUGGUAUAUUCAUCACAAGUAUGUUUAGCUCCCGAUUCAGACAUUUACAGAAAUUACAUUCCGAGGCAUUCCUGGGCCUCAACUCAAUCUGUUUGCCGGGACUUCCAAUGGGCGCCGUUUUUCGGUCAUCACUUCCGGCUACACCUGUGGCCACACCAAUACAUCGCGAGGCGUUUCAACAGUUCUCAGAGCAGGCGCUUCGCGACAGACUUUGCAAAACUCCUUCGCCGCGAAAGAAUCGCGGAUUUCUUCCUUUGGGUUUACAAACUGAUCAACAGAUGAGAUCUGAUUCACGCUGUAGUCAAUCGGGUGGUCACGACUUGACUGAUGUUCAACCUAUGGAUAUUACUUCUCCUAUCGAUGAACCAGUCAUUGAAGACACUAAAGGGGAAGAGUGUACUAAUGGUGGAGGUUUUGGUGAUCACCCGUUUGGAUACAAUGAUCGGUUGCAUCGGAUGCACACCGAGACAGACAUUGAUGGCAACGAAAGGCGACUUUUUGUAGGAAAUAUUAGUUAUAGAGUAACUGAAGCACAAUUAUCGAAAUUUUUCAACAAAUUUGGUAAAGUUUACAAUUGUUGUAUAGUCAAGGAUCACAUUAAAAAGUUACCGAAAGGAUAUGGAUUUAUAACAUUUAAAAAUAUCUGUGAUUUGCAAAAAGUUUUGUCUAUCGAACCAAAUAAACUCAUAUUAGAUAACAGAGCGCUUCGGGUGUUUUUAGCCAAACCUAAAGUAUGCAAACAAAUGAAAGAAGAAGUUAAAGAACUUAUCGAUGAACGUCAGGUUUCAUUGGAGUACCGAAAUUGCCCUCAAAAUACUGUUAUCACAAACAUUGUCAGACAUAAGUUAUCACAAAAUGGGGUCACUUUUGAUGAUUUAGACGACGACUCUAUUGUUUACAUAUUUAAACUGUUGGACUGUUUGAUAGAUCAGACAAAUCUUGAAAGAGUUUGCAUCCGAUGGAAACUACUUAUGAAUCAAAUGUGGUCAACUCGUACUGGCAUUUCAUUUACAAAAUCGUUCUUUAGUUUUGGAUCUCCUGUGUUGACGACAUCUAUUUUGUUUACCAUUUUGAAGAAGUGUCCAAAUCUCAAGUCUAUUGAUUUAAAACAUGUGACUAAUUAUCUCGAUAUCAAAGCUUUGGAAAUAAUUGCUGUUUCGUGUUCUUUAUUGGAAACAUUGAUCUUUGAUAGCGGCGUUACAACUGAUUAUGCGAUUAAAGUUUUAGGACAAAAGUGUCAACAUUUGAAAAUUUUACAUUUGAACGAUUGCUGUCAUUUCGGUGAAGAGGGCUUUUGGUGGCUAAUCAAAAGUGCGACAGAUAUUCAACACUUGGAAAUCACUAAUAACUUUAAAAUUAAUGGAAAUUGUUUUAGACUAUUGAGUACUUCAUUAAAAUCUUUAAACAUAACUAAUUGUCCAAAGAUUAGGGAAAAGGGUUUCAAAGAGCUUAUUGAUGGCAACAGAAUGUCAUUGGAAGCACUUUCUGUGUCAACCGUUAACCAAAACAUUAUGAAAAUGAUUUGUUUGGGUUUAAAAUGUUUGAAAUAUCUGAGGAUUUCACAGUUUCCUACAUUAUAUCCAACUCAAGACACACAUACGACAGGAUUUUCGUAUUUAACUUCAUUAAAUAAUCUCAAAGUUUUGGAUGUUUCGGUAGAUUUUGAUGAUAUUAACGACGAAACACUUUUAUCUAUUUUACAAAACUGUUGUAAAAUUGAAGAAUUAAUUCUUGUAUUAAACAGAAGAGUAACCGAUUCUUCAAUUUCUCAAAUUUACAAAUAUUUGCCUCAUUUACACAAACUAGUAAUCACUGAUUCAUCGAUUACUAACAGCUCUCUUGCAUUGGUCUCGAAUCUCGAAGAUCUGACACAUUUAGAUAUAAGUGGUUCGCUUAAAGUCACUGAUAGUGGUUCUCAAGUUAUUGUCGAUAAUUGCAAAUCUCUGAAUUUAUUUCAAAUGAAUAGAUGUCCAGAAAUAUCGAGUGAUUUCCUUAAAUAUUCUCUAAAAGUCAUUCAAAACGAACCAUUGAUUCGCGAUCUCACUAUUGUUUACGACUGCAUCCGAUUUAAUCUUAAAAACGAAACGAUUGAUGGAAUCGACGAUAUGUUGAAAAGUGAUGACUAUUUCAAUGAUAACAACUGUGAAUCAAACGAAAAUCUUCUCGACUAUAACUUUGAUAUUGAUAAUCAAGAUUUAAAUUAAUAUUAUUUUCAACCCACACAAACACACACACAUACACAGUUACAUAUACAUUAAAGUUUGAAUUUUCCUAUAUAUUUUAUA